UCUCGCUUCACCGGUUUCGUUAGCCGGGAAAUUGCAAUUUAAGAUCAGAAUCGUCGAGCCAUUUUGUCUAAGGAAGAGACAUUGGAGUAACAAGUAACGAGAGCAGCUAGGAGGUUGAGAUUUUACGAUGCUUUGUGUUUCUUUACGAAAUAGAAUUCACAAUUGGCUUCGCGACUACGUUAGGCUCCAAUCUGUCGUCGUGAUUCUUAUCUACGCUCAGAUAGGGUGCGCGUUGAUCGGUUCACUAGGGGCAUUGUACAAUGGAGUCUUGCUGAUAAAUUUGGUGAUUGCGUUAUUUGGGUUAGUGGCAAUCGAGAGUAAUAGCCAGAGUCUUGGUAGAACCUAUGCCGUUCUUCUUUUCUGCGCCAUUCUUCUUGAUGUCUCAUGGUUCAUACUUUUCUCCAACGAGAUUUGGAACAUUUCAUCUGAGAUGUAUCAAGUCUUUUACAUCUUCUCUGUGAAACUCACCCUGGCUAUGGAAAUUGCUGGGUUCGUUGUGAGGCUAUCGUCUUCUCUGCUAUGGUUUCAGAUCUAUAGGCUGGGAGCUUCUAUGAUAGACUCCUCAUUUCCCCGUCAAUCUGAUUCAGAUUUACGAAAUAGCUUCUUAGAACCUCCUCUUUUAGCUAGGCAACGUUCACGUGAUUCAGAAUUACGAAAUAGCUUCUUACAGCCUCCUACUAUAGCUAAGCAACGUUCACGUUCUGAUGAAAUCUUGGAAGAUUCUAUUGACCAACCGGCCUCCUACACUCCUCUGUUUGAUGGCGGCCAAAGCAAUAUCACUUCGCCCAAUGCAAAACAGGUGAUCAAGCAUCAUUCAGCUGGAGACAUUUACAAAGGAUCCCCAUUGUCUGCUGCAGAAGCCUCUCGGAAUAAGUCUCCUCUAUCCAAAUCCUUGGAAGCACUCGAUUCUAGUCUCUGUUGAUAACUUGAUAUACAACAUCUAAUGAUUGUGGCCGGUACUAUACUAUACCUUGUUUCUGGUGGAGUUUACUUGCACACAUCACCUUUUUAGGGCAUAGAAAAGAGCAGUUAUUGCUCUUGAUAGUGAAUCCUUGCACUCAGUAAAUUGCAUGUGUUGGU